UCAUAGUUUGCUUCUCUUUAGGACAUCGAGCCCAAUGAAAACCCCUAUAAAUCACAAUCUAUUUGAAAAAUAAUUUAUUUCUAAAAAGUUUGGUGAGUGGAAGCCUGUCGUAUAAACUUGGAGACUCUUUACCUACUCCCUAACUCCUCCUCUUCAUCCUGUUUCCAAUAUUAAACUCACUUCUCUUCUUUCUUCUCCUUGUCUUUUACAGUUUCUUUCUCUGGAUUUCCCCUCAAAAGAUGAGUAACAAGAGAUCGAUCAAGAAAGUAAUGAGAUGUGGAUUGAUAAAACAAUGUUUUAUUUUGAUCUAAAAAGGUUUUAAGAAGAGAAGAACAGAGAAAGAAUACACACAUUCUCGUGAAAACAAAGACUAAUAAGUAAUAACAGUAGAGAAAAAGGUUUGUUGGUAUGGGCUGCUCUCUGUCGAAGAAGAAGAAAAUUGCAAUACCACCGCCGGGAUAUGAGGAUCCGGACCUUCUUGCAUCCGUUACGCCGUUUACGGCAGCAGAAGUUGAAGUUUUGUACGAAUUGUUCAAAAAACUAAGCAGCUCAAUCAUCGAGGACGGUCUUAUUCAUAAGGAAGAGUUUCAGCUGGCUUUACUCGGAAACAGGAACCGGAACAAUCUUUUCGCUGAUCGGAUAUUUGAUGUAUUUGAUGUGAAACGUAAUGGAGUGAUCGAGUUUGGUGAAUUUGUUCGGUCUUUAGGUGUCUUCCAUCCAAAUGCACCUGUCCAUGAAAAGAUCAAAUUUGCUUUCAAAUUGUACGAUCUAAGGCAAACUGGAUUCAUCGAGCGAGAAGAAUUGAAAGAGAUGGUAAUAGCGCUUCUUCACGAAUCUGAACUUGUUCUUUCUGAAGAUAUGAUCGAAGUAAUGGUGGAUAAGGCGUUUACUGAAACAGAUCGCAACAAUGACGGGAAAAUUGAUGUAGAUGAGUGGAAAGAUCUUGUGUCCAUGAAUCCGUCGCUCAUCAAAAACAUGACUUUGCCCUAUCUAAAGUGAGGGACAUAAAGGCGACGUUUCCAAGUUUUGUUUUAUCUAGUGAAGACGAAGAACUGGAGUUGCAAAACCUAUAUUUCUAAUCUAUGCAGGUUGCCAAAAUAUUGUUCUAGUAACUCCUACGUGACACAUGUUAAACUAUAAUCUAAUCUCUCCUUGAUACAUUUACAUAAGUUAGUUAUUUAUGUUAUUACACAAAGAGUUGUAACUCUUCAAGUUGUGUCCUUUAGUAUAAAGAGUUGUGUCUCUUAUACUUGUAUUGAUUCGAUCUCUAUAUAAAGAUCAAUCAUCUGUUGUAAACUUAAUUACCGAAUCUCAAUAAUACAAAAGUAUUUUCA